AUGACGGCGAAGAGGAAGGGCGACGGACUGCUGCUGGUGUUCAGCGACGUGGCGCCGGAGCACGACGAGGAGUAUAACCGCUGGUACAACGAGGAGCACAUCCCGGAGCGGUUGUCCAUACCGGGUGUGCUGGACGCGGCGCGUUACGAGGCGGUGCAGGGCGGCCCCAGGUAUCUGGCAUGCUACGAGCUCGAUUCUCACGAGGCCUGGUACUCAGAGGAAUGGCAGAAGUGGCUUAACGAGCCCACCGAAUGGUCGCGGCGCAUGUCGCCCAGCGUCAUCGGGACCGAGUACGUGCGCAACCUGUACGGUCGCGUCCAUCCGGCGGAAUUAUCGGAGGAUACGGGCGGGGCGGAAAUGUCGCCGGUAAUUCUGGUGGGGCGCAUGUCGGUGCCCGACCACCUAGAAGAUCGCUGGAACGAAGCCUACAACAACGAACGGCUGCCCUUGUGUCUGGACAUUCCGGGCUACAUACGCGCCCGCCGUUUUCAGGCGGUCAUGGGCGAGCCCAAGUACGCCACGGUCCACGAGAUGGAGUCGUUGGCGGUGGCUGAAAGCGAGGGCUGGGAAAACUGGCGCACCGCCGUCACCCCCGUUUGGACCAACGAAGUGCGGCCCCACAUGGUCCACGAAUCGGGCUCGCCCGGAGUGUAUCGGCGCAUAUUCCCCAAGUAA